CUUCUUCAAUAUUCAAUAUUCCUUCUCUUCUUGAUAUACACCAAAAGCUCAAUUCUCUUGAACUACAAUAGAACCUUUGCCAUUUUAGUAGAGUGCUAAGUGCUGCAUGGCUCAACAACCACCUAAAGUUCCCAGCACGGCACAUAAUUGGCGUUUUCACAACAUGCCUACUUUGUUGAAUUCUCACCGGAGAUCAGUCAGUGACCCGAUUGCAUUUGUGGAGGCUCCAUUCGGGUCGAGGAUGAUGAACAACUUUCUACCGUGUUUUCGGACAAAAACCACAACAGACACGUAGUCACAAAGAUACAAAGAUUACAGUAAUCGUCCACAGAUUUUCAAGAACACUAACACGUGUACUCUCUCUAUUUAUGUUAGUUUUUCUCCUUUCGCUUUAGUUUAUAUCGAAAAACAGUAUCUUUUUUUCUUGGUCGGUUAGUUUAUAGAACAUAUCGAAAAACAGAUUUUCAAGAACACAAACACGUGAAAGUGCAUGCAUUUAGUUCCCAGAAGAAUUUUUUUGGCUCUCCAGUUGUGGUGAAAUUUUAACAGCAAAAAAAUCGAUUUUUUGUAAGACAUUAUCCACAAGGUUGUACUUGAUAUCAUGGUGCGAAGGAGUAUGUCAGACAAUAAUCACAUAAUUAAUGUGGGAGCAGAUCAGCGGAGUCAAGAGUAUAUCCAUCCAGAGCCUUGUGUAUUGUAUGGGAACUUUACAGCUUUUCCACAUCCAAAUGUCCACACUGUAGUACCAGCUGCAGGAAACAUUGGAAAUUUCUAUUUGUACCAUCUACCAAACCAUCAAGAGGGCGCUGUAAUCUAUGGGAUGCCAGCGUCCAAUGGGGUUCAACAGCUGCAUCCUGCCACCAAUGUUGCAGCAUUUGCAACAUCAUCAAAUCACUAUAACCCUUAUGUGGCUACACCGUCUGCAUCUACACAUUUUCUCUUUCCAGUAAAUCAUGGGUUAAAUAAUUCAUGGGCCUGGAAUCAGGCUGCUCCUUUACCCUAUCUGCCUGGUGGUGCCGGAGGCUAUGUAGAUGCUGGAUUUAUGGGUGUGCAAGGUAAUCAAGUAACUGCCAGCAAUGGAGGUUUGACUAGUUUUCUGCAUGCACCGGUUCCUCAAGGAUCACCGCACCAUCAUCAAAUGCCACCUAAUAUGCAAUACACGGUAGGCCACGCCAUGGGCUUCUCUCCACAGAUGACAGCAUCUGCACGCGUCUACCUACAAAAUAGCUCGUCCAAUAGCUCUAAUAAUCCAUCGCAAGGUGUUGUACCAUUCUCACCGACUGGCUCUAGGAUGUACAGACCUCAUCCAAGGGAAUUCAUGCCUGAAGCAAAUACUCGCCACCGCAACCUCCCUAACAUGAGAGUUUUGCCAGAAAAUAGGGUGCCAAUGCUGGAUGUUCCAGCAUAUCAUGAAGUGGGUAAUGUUGUUGAUCAGUUCAGAGAUAUGCGUUUGGACAUAGAUCACAUGUCUUAUGAGGAGCUUCUUGCAUUGGGGGAGCAAAUUGGCAAAGUGACAACUGGUUUACCAGAGGAAGCUAUUGUUACCAAUUUGAAAACGAGAAUAUUUUUGUCUACCGAGACUCCUUGCGCUCUGGAAAGUGUUGCAUGUGAAGAUCACAAAACUGACUGUGUCAUAUGCCAGAUUGAUUACGCCGACCAAGAUAAGAUUGGCAUUCUUGAGUGCCGCCACGAGUAUCAUGAAGACUGUAUAAAGAAAUGGUUGGUUGUGAAGAACAUUUGCCCUAUGUGCAAAUCCACAGCAUUGUCUACAAAGAAACAGGACUUGUAAUACCGGGAGGCGGUAGAUGGUGGGUCGAUGAAUAAAUAAAAGUGCAGGCAUUUUGUUCUCUUGUUAAAUGUUUACUCUCCGAUGAGGAAAAUGUUACUGGAACUGUAUUAUAAAUUUUGUAUGUACUUUAUGCCGUAGUCCAGCUCUCCAAAAACUUUUUUUGUUGACCUCUCCAAAAACUUUUUUUGUUGACGUUACGUUGUUGUAGUUGAAGUUGUACAGACUUAUAAGUUAUGUUCUGCUGUAUAGACAAUCCGUUUCAUCAUAGCUUCUCUACUCUU